UCAGUAACCUAUCUUGGGUAACGAGACCAACUCAGGUGCAGAACACGUGGGGGUCACGAGAUAACUUCGACAGAUAUAAAUAUUGGUGUUAUUUCAGCACUCGUCACUGACUGUUCUCCUGGAAACUAGCCGAUCUAACCACGAUGUUCCGCCUGGCGUUAGCCGUAGUGUUGUUGGGGGUAGCCCUGAGUUUCCGGGCUGAACUGGACGCAGAAUGGAAGCUGUUCAAGGAGACACACAAUAAGCAGUACACUGAGAAGGAGGAGAUCCACAGGCGCAUCAUUUUCGAGAAGAAUGUCAACUACAUUCAAAGACACAAUCUUGAGGCCGACAGGGGAGAGCACUCUUACAGACUUGGCGUCAAUGAAUACUCUGACAUGUCACACAAAGAGUUCAUUACCAUGAUGAACGGCUACCGUAUGGAAUUGAAGGUACCAAACCAUAGGAUCUACAGUAACGACUCUGUCAGCGAACUCCCCACCCACGUCGACUGGAGAACCAAGGGCUACGUCACCCCCGUGAAGAACCAGAAAGCAUGUGGUUCCUGCUGGGCCUUCUCCGCAACUGGAUCCCUGGAAGGACAACACUUCAAGAAGGCAGGCAAACUGGUAUCUCUGUCAGAACAGAAUCUGGUUGACUGUUCCAGGAAAGAAGGCAACAUGGGAUGUGGAGGCGGUUUGAUGGACCAGGCCUUCAAGUACAUCAAGGUUAACAAGGGUAUUGACACUGAGACCAGCUAUCCAUACCUUGCAAAGGACGGGAAGUGCAUCUUCAAGCGUGCUGAUGUUGGUGCCACCGAUACUGGUGCUGUCGACACUAAGAAGGACUCAGAGAAAUCCCUUCAGCACGCCGUGGCUCAAGUGGGCCCUAUUUCUGUGGCCAUCGACGCGUCUCAUCCAUCGUUCCAGAGUUACAAGAGCGGAGUUUAUGACGAGAAGAAAUGCAGCUCGAAGAUGCUUGACCACGGUGUCCUUGCAGUAGGAUACGGUUCACAGGAUAGCAAGGACUACUGGCUGGUGAAGAACAGCUGGGGCGAGACCUGGGGAAUGGAGGGAUACAUCAUGAUGUCCAGGAACAAGAAAAACCAGUGCGGUAUCGCCACCCAGGCCAGCUACCCAACAGUCUAAACAUGGCUGUCAUACGGCGCUCAGAUCUCAGGACACUGCGAGAUCGUAUCAUAGAUACAUCGUGUCCGUUUUAGGUCUGUGAUGAGUGGUGCACGAUAGAUAUUUUUCGUUGUAAUUCAAUGUUGAUCGUCAUUAAUACAGUUACCAUAAUUAUUGAUUCAACAUAUAGCAACUUUCAUGUGUCAGGCAUACACGCUUUGGCGGCUGGAUAUCAUGUCACGUAAUAUGGAACCUUUCGCGCCUGGUCGAUAACACACAACCUUAUAUACUAGACACAAUAAGUUAGGGACAUUGAUAUUUU